GGGGGCAAGUGUCAGUCAGGUCGGGAGCGCGGCGGGGUACAGCGGAGACCGGCCGGCUAACAGGGCUCUGGACGGCUGCCGUGCUGACCGCUCAAGAUGGAGUUCCUCCUGGGCAACCCGUUCAGCACCCCGGUGGGGCAGUGCCUCGAAAAGGCAACAGAUGGCUCCCUGCAAAGCGAGGACUGGACGUUGAACAUGGAGAUCUGUGACAUCAUCAAUGAGACGGAGGAAGGGCCAAAGGAUGCCAUUCGAGCCCUGAAGAAGCGGCUGAACGGGAACCGGAACUACAGAGAGGUGAUGCUCGCAUUAACAGUGCUAGAGACAUGUGUGAAGAACUGUGGCCACCGCUUCCACGUUCUCGUGGCCAACCGAGAUUUCAUCGACAGUGUUCUGGUCAAAAUCAUCUCUCCUAAGAACAACCCUCCCACCAUUGUACAGGACAAAGUGCUCGCUCUGAUCCAGGCGUGGGCGGACGCCUUCCGAAGCAGUCCUGACCUCACUGGAGUUGUGCACAUAUAUGAGGAGCUGAAGAGGAAGGGGGUCGAGUUUCCCAUGGCAGACUUGGACGCUCUGUCUCCCAUACACACACCACAGCGGAGCGUCCCUGAAGUGGAUCCAGCCGUGACCAUGCCCAGGUCCCAGUCGCAGCAGAGGACAAGUGCCGGUUCCUAUUCCUCGCCUCCUCCUGCUCCGUACUCUGCCCUGCAGGCCCCGGCUCUGAGUGUGACUGGGCCCAUCACGGCCAAUUCAGAACAGAUUGCCAGGCUGCGGAGUGAACUAGACGUCGUUCGAGGAAACACGAAAGUCAUGUCCGAGAUGUUAACAGAAAUGGUCCCUGGGCAGGAGGACUCAUCAGAUCUGGAGUUGCUGCAGGAGCUGAACAGGACCUGCCGGGCCAUGCAGCAGCGCAUCGUGGAGCUCGUCUCCCGAGUGUCCAACGAGGAGGUCACUGAGGAGUUGCUGCACGUCAAUGACGACCUCAACAAUGUCUUUCUCCGAUAUGAGAGGUUCGAACGAUACAGGUCGGGCCGAUCAGUUCAAAAUGCCAGUAACGGAGUACUGAAUGAAGUGACCGAAGACAACUUAAUAGACCUGGGGCCGGGGUCUCCAGCCGUCGUGAGCCCAAUGGUGGGGAACACGGCACCUCCAUCUUCCCUCUCCUCCCAGCUUGCAGGCCUGGACUUGGGGACAGAGAGCGUCAGUGGCACCCUCAGUUCACUCCAGCAGUGUAACCCCCGUGACGGCUUUGACAUGUUUGCCCAGACGAGAGGGAACUCCUUGCCCGAGCAACGCAAGACGGCCACCUACGAAGAACCCCCGUCUGUCGGAGGACUUGCUUCUGCACUCGAUAGUCGGAAACAGAGCUCCGAAGUGAAGAGAGAUAAAGGUGGGGACUCUGACCUGGAGCCCAUAGACAGCUGGCUCAUAACCCAAGGAAUGAUCCCCGUUGCGCAGCCCUCUGUCAUGGACGACAUUGAGGUGUGGCUCAGGACGGACCUGAAGGGCGAUGACCUUGAGGAGGGCGUCACAAGCGAAGAGUUUGAUAAAUUCCUUGAAGAAAGAGCCAAAGCUGCUGAAAUGGUUCCCAACCUCCCCUCACCCCCAGUGGAGGCCCCAGCCCCGGCUUCAAACCCCUCUGGCCGGAAGAAGCCAGAGCGGUCGGAGGAUGCCCUCUUCGCCCUGUGAGCUGUUCUGUGGUUUGGCUCCCCAGAUGGCAGGUCACCUCUCGUCCCCCCGGUCCACACCAGGCACUGGCCACUCCUCCCAUCCCCAGCCCUAGUCGGUCCUGUGCUGCUGUGUCUCCAUGGAAACGCCACUGUGUUUGCUCCCAGACCUCCUACUAGUCGGGACCAGCUUCAGCCAUCUUCUUCUCUGGGUGGUGGGACAGCGUCACUACGGCCAGAGGCCCCUCACCUCCCUGCCCCUCCUGCCCACAGGCUCAUUCUGCCCCUGUUUCCUCCCAGAAAGAGCGGGCAGCAAGGCCCAGCCCCAGGCCUGGCAAUCCCCUUGGGACUGUCUCCUGAGCAGCCACCUGGCCUGUCUUUCCUCCAGUCACCUGCCCACAGAGAAGGGGCUCAGGCCCCAGACCCUUCCCCCACAUGCCCUUUCCCUUGCCUGGUUCAUCAGGUCUCCUCAGGCCAGCCUGCCCUCCUGUGUCCCUCUGUUCCUGAAAGGGCUUGUUUGCCCAAGACCACCUGUGGGCUUGGUCUCUCUCCCUGAACUCCUGCUCCCUGACACGGAUCACCUUGUGGCACUUGGCCUGCUCAGCACUUUAGAAGGCUCUAUGGGGUACCCAUUGAUGGGGUCUCUCAUCUUCCUGACCCUCUCUCUGUCACUCAGCUGCUAGCCCAGGCCCAUGCCCAAGCUGGCUCAGCAGCCAAGCUUGGGACCAAAGGGCCCCCCGUCAGACCCACAGGCUCCUGGUGAAGGGAGAAAGCCAAGAGCGGCUGGGAGGGCAGCACACAACCCAUGGGUGGUGGCCACAAGGGUGGGUUAGCCCCUGCAGAGAUAAUGCCACCAGAGACCAGACUGCCCCGAGCACGCUGCACACUCCCCCACACGGUCAGCCCGUGGGUGGAGGGACCCGCACGGGGAGGAACUACUCUGGCUUGCCUGGGAAGACUCUGUGGGUUUGUGAGCAUGCCGUGCUCAGGGCUUUGGCCUGGCCUAUGGCAGCCUCUGUGCCUCUACCUGCAGGGCCCAGCAGCAGGUGGCUUUGCACCACGCUCAGAGAUCCAAAUGACAGAGGGGUCAGAGCGACACAGGGGCCCCUGCUCUGCUUCUUGGCAUGGGCCUCAGCCUCCUCCACAGACUGUGCUGACAGCCUGACCUUCUCCCACCCCAGAUCCCCCCAGGGCACCAGGUUGUACCCUCUCUCCAAGCCAACCAAGGAAGCUAACAGAGCCUGGGGCUGAGCAGCUAGGGGCUGGUGACACCUGCUCCCGUCCUGGGCCUCGCUAGUGUGUCUCCUGGCCGUGGGCAAGGUGCUCAUGGCUUGGCUCAAGCCCGGGUCCAGCCUGACCCAGCCCUGUUGCUGCUGUUGCCCAGAAGAA